ACCCCGGCGGGCAGAGGCGGCGACGCGGCCACCCGAGAGUGUGCGGCGGGGCAGCUGAGCGGCGGGAGCUCCGCCCUGCUGGCUGGUGGGGAUGCGGGACCGGCUGCCGGACCUCACGGCGUGUAGGAAAAGCGACGAUGGAGACAAUGCUGUCAUCAUCACGGUGGAGAAGGACCACUUCAUGGAUGCCUUCUUCCAUCAGGUGGAGGAGAUUCGAAGCAGCAUAGCCAGGAUUGCUCAGCACGUGGAGGAUGUGAAGAAGAACCACAGCAUCAUCCUCUCUGCCCCAAACCCAGAAGGAAAAAUAAAAGAAGAGCUGGAGGACCUGAACAAAGAGAUCAAGAAAACUGCUAACAGGAUCCGGGGCAAGCUGAAGGCUAUUGAGCAGAGUUGUGAUCAGGACGAGAAUGGGAACCGAACUUCAGUGGAUCUGCGGAUACGAAGGACCCAGCACUCAGUGCUGUCACGGAAGUUUGUGGACGUCAUGACAGAAUACAAUGAAGCACAGAUCCUGUUUCGGGAGCGAAGCAAAGGCCGAAUCCAGCGCCAGCUAGAGAUCACUGGGAGGACCACCACUGACGAGGAGCUGGAGGAGAUGCUGGAGAGCGGGAAGCCGUCCAUCUUCAUCUCGGACAUUAUAUCAGAUUCACAGAUUACUAGGCAAGCUCUCAAUGAGAUCGAGUCACGCCACAAAGACAUCAUGAAGCUGGAGACCAGCAUCCGAGAGCUGCACGAGAUGUUCAUGGAUAUGGCCAUGUUUGUCGAGACUCAGGGUGAAAUGGUCAACAACAUUGAGAGAAACGUGGUGAACUCCGUAGAUUACGUGGAGCACGCCAAGGAAGAGACUAAGAAAGCCAUCAAAUACCAGAGCAAGGCCAGACGGAAAAAGUGGAUAAUUGCUGCUGUGGUGGUGGCUGUCAUUGCUGUCCUGGCUCUAAUCAUUGGCUUGUCGGUUGGCAAAUGAUUGCGUAGAUGGCGCUGGGUGCUUGCCUCUCCCUCAGGGUGGCAAAGGUGAUGUUCGUCCUCAUCUGUGUAGUCACUUUGCUUGUGAUCCUUGGAAUUAUUCUAGCAACAGCAUUGUCAUAGCAACCGCACCCCAAGAGCUCUUUGUCCUCAGAGACUCUGACCACACCUGCAGCAUGGCCGGCGUGAACCUCAGACCCCAGGGCUAGCGCAGAGCGCUGAGGUUUUUAUUGGUGAUGGAGAAUAAAGCGCCACAGAGGUCUCAUACCAUGAAACACCGUGAGCCCCGUGGAUGCGACAUGCCAGCCCAGAGGGCCUGGGUCUCUCUGAAGGACACCACCGAGAUUUCACAAUGGUGGCCUUGCCUCAGUGGCUUUGAAAUAGGAAUGAUCGAGAAAGUCUUAACUUUUAAAGAUGACGCCAGUGUUAAAAUGUACGUUGUGUUUAAUUAGGGUGUGCUCUGUGCUCUCGGCCGACAGUGCUGACGAAGAGACUUCGUGCCAGGCCUGAUCUCUGUUCGUGUCUUGUUUGCAGAAUCAUCACAGAACUGUGUUUUUGUAAGGCACCUGUAAUUUUAAGUAUCUGUAAGUUAAGUUCCUUAAUAUAUUAACAUCUAAACUCCCUUUUCUAAGCUAGACACUGCCUUGUGAAGGACAAUGGGCCAGCCCUAGGCAGCCAUGUCGAGGUUGCUGUUGUCCCUGAAAACAUGGCCUCGCAGCCCCUCAGGGCCCUUCUUCAGUGCCUUCUGGUGACCCUGACUAGGAAGUGUAAGGGUCUGAAGAGGUGACAAGCGGCCACACGCUGCACUCGUGUUGCUCUUCCUUGUUCACUCAUGGUAAUGGAGUCUCGGCGACAAAGAUGGAGGCGAGACUUGGUGCUCACUAGACUCUAGGGAACCGUCCCGGGCACAAAGCCACUCCCGGACAGCAUCCGAAGGACCAGAUCCUCAGCCCAGCGCCCACUAGUGCCCAGAGUUCCUAGGAAGCCAGGUGUAAAGCUGUGCGCUGCUUCACCCUUGUGAAUAGGUGGCCCAGUGACUGCAUAUCUGUUGAGAGCUAGUGUGUGAAGGACACCAUGCCUAGUGUGUGUGAGGGCUCAGUCUGCCCCAGCCUCACUCGGUGGGAUCUGGAACACCAAGUGCUACGAACUAUCUAGAAACCACGAUCCUCUCAGUGGUGAGUGUGCCACACUGUCACCGCCUUCCACCUCCCAGCCUGACACCCCGUGUGCCGAGAGCUACUGCAGCAGGCUGGGCUAUGUGUCCUGGUCCAGAGCUAGCCUGCAGUGCAGACGCUCUGGCUGAUAGCUCACCCUUCCUGUCUGCUUCAGUGCCGUCGGAUUUAGCCGCAGAGGACACACAUACCACAUACCACCCAGGCUUCCACCACCCACGGCCAGGUUUCCUUCAAGUCCAACCUGAGCCCUUGGCCUGUGCUCACCCAGUGCUCAGGAGGCCUCUCGGCCAGGCCGGCGGCUGCAUCUGGUUUUCCAGUGAAGCAGGAGUGUGUGGGUGAGUGAGUUAGCACUUCACAUAUGUCUCUAUGCCGACUUCAUAGCCUACUUAAAAAUACAUUUACAGAGUCCCUUGUUACUUUUUCCAAGCCUUUCUUCAAAUAUUUUGUGUUUACAUUAAAAAGUUCUCAGAGAAGCAAACAAGAAA